GGUGUAGUUCAACAGGAAGGGGGCGGCGGGAAGGAGGAGCCGCGGCUGCGGGACAACUCUGAGUUCGCCCGGCUCCAUUUCCUUGUCUCGCCGCUCACGCACCUCACCGGGACCGCAGACCUCCAGCGAACCUCCUGGAAACAGAAUGUUCCGGUACUUCGGAGCGCGACUCACCCGGGGAGCGGGCAGCGUCCUGGCGGCCGACUCGGCUCUGCCGGCGUCCGCGUCCCUGCUGCGGCACCGCGGCUACAGCCAGGCCGUGGACCGCGACGACGACCCCAACUUCUUCACCAUGGUGGAGGGCUUCUUCGACCGCGGAGCCGCGAUCGUGGAGGACAAGCUGGUGCAGGACCUGAAGACCCGCGACAGCCCCGAGCAGAAGAUGAAGACGGUCCGCGGGAUCCUGCGGAUCAUCAAGCCGUGUAACCACGUCCUGAGCGUCAGCUUCCCCAUCAAGAGAGACGGCGGCGAGUGGGAGGUGAUCGAGGGCUACCGGGCUCAGCACAGCCAGCACCGGACGCCCUGCAAGGGAGGUAUUCGUUACAGUACAGACGUGUCUGUGGACGAGGUGAAAGCUCUGGCCUCGCUGAUGACCUACAAGUGUGCUGUGGUCGAUGUGCCGUUCGGUGGAGCCAAAGCCGGAGUGAAGAUCAACCCAAAGAAUUAUUCUGACAAUGAGCUGGAGAAGAUCACCAGGAGGUUCACUGUCGAACUCGCCAAGAAAGGUUUCAUCGGACCGGGCAUCGACGUUCCUGCUCCCGACAUGAGCACCGGCGAGAGGGAGAUGUCCUGGAUUGCCGACACUUUCGCCACCACCAUGGGACACUACGACAUCAACGCCUACGCCUGCGUCACGGGGAAGCCAAUCAGCCAGGGAGGAAUCCACGGACGCAUCUCCGCCACCGGCCGAGGAGUCUUCCACGGCAUCGAGAACUUCAUCAAUGAGGCGGCCUACAUGAGCCAGCUGGGGAUGUGUCCCGGCUUCCAGGACAAGACCUUCGUCAUCCAGGGGUUUGGUAAUGUGGGGCUUCACUCCAUGCGUUACCUUCACCGCUUCGGAGCCAAAUGUGUCGGAGUCGCAGAGAUGGACGGAAGUAUCUGGAACGCCAACGGCAUCGACCCCAAAGAGCUGGAAGACUACAAACUGGCCAAUGGGACGAUCGUAGGUUUCCCCGGCUCGACCCCGUACGAAGGAAACCUGCUGGAGGCCGAGUGCGACAUCCUGAUCCCUGCUGCCGGAGAGAAGCAGCUGACCAAGAGCAACGCUCACAAGAUCAAAGCCAAGAUCGUAGCAGAGGGAGCCAACGGUCCGACCACGCCCGAGGCCGACCGCAUCUUCCUGGAGAGGAACAUCAUGGUGAUCCCGGACAUGUACCUGAACGCCGGCGGUGUGACCGUCUCGUACUUCGAGUGGUUGAAGAAUCUGAAUCACGUCAGUUACGGUCGACUCACCUUCAAAUAUGAGAGAGACUCCAACUACCACCUGCUGAUGUCGGUUCAGGAAAGUUUAGAGAGGAAGUUUGGAAAACAUGGUGGAGCCAUUCCCAUCGUCCCCACCUCCGAGUUCCAGGAGAGGAUUUCUGGAGCAUCUGAGAAGGACAUCGUUCACUCAGGUCUGGCCUACACCAUGGAGCGUUCUGCCAGGCAAAUCAUGCAGACAGCCAACAAGUACAACCUUGGUUUGGACCUGCGGACGGCGGCAUAUGUCAACGCCAUCGAGAAGGUCUUCCACGUUUACAGGGAGGCGGGCCUCACCUUCACAUAAACACACCUCCAUCCACCGCCACGUCUGUCUGUUACACGUCUGUCUGUCUGUCUGUCUGUCUUCAAUCAGCUCUGCAGGGUUUUCCUUUGGAACAGAAGAAACUGAAUCUGUUUCUCUGUGAUCUUUAGAACCGACCACAUGAACCUCGAGUCGACGGCUUUAAAAUGGGCGAAUCCCUGCUAGCUGCUUUCUGCACGUAUCAACCCAAAGAUAUAGAUUAUAUAAAUACAGAUGCCUUAGUACCACAGAGAGAAACCUGACACCACUUGCCUGAAACACAUUAUGUGGCCAAAAGUAUGUGGAUGCCCUCAUUUACUAAACGAUCAUAAGACCAAUGUUUGUUAUCAGAUUAUGAAAUUAUUAAAGAAUCACUUGUGAUUUACUGGAUCAUUUUUAAAUCAAGCGACGUGAAUCUUUGGUCUGAGGUUUGAACAGGCUGAUUAAUCAACUGAAGAUUGUGUUAAAAUGAUCGUCGUUUGAUAAACGGAGACGUGAUGCGAUGGUGAUUAUUCUCCCAUAAUUAUUGAUUAUUUGUCUUGAUGAAUCAUUUAGAGUGUCACUGUUUUCACGACGUGUUUGAAACAUGUUCACAUUUGAGCGAUCAAACUUAUUGAUUGAUCUUAUGACCUGAAACAAAGUGACGGUAACGUGUGAUCCCUUGUCAAAGUUUACGAGUUUAUCAUAAAACAAAAGAUUAUUAGUUUGGAAAUUUUUAGAACAAUUCUGUUCUUGAUCUGCUGUAAAGUGUGUACCAGUUGUCCAAAGACUUUUGGCCACGUGGUGUGUAGACUGUGUUUGUGUUGAUGCGACGCUCUCGUGCCUCGUCGUUACUUUAUUAAAGGACCAUUCCGGUGUUCUUCAUGGUUUCAGCUUCUUCUGAAUCAUCCAUCAGCGUGAAAACACUUAAUAAUAAACAUCUGUUGUUAAACAUCUGUCACGUGAACAUGAACGUGUCAGAGAAAUAUUCAUACAUGUUGAAAACAUCUGGAAUGAUCCUUUUGCUGAAACUCCUCCCAUAAUAAUAAUAAUCCAUGUGAUUAAGAUGACUAUGUUCUGCCUGUUACAAGACCUGCCCCCUGUUACCACGGAGACUAAUGAAACGUCACAUGACAGAUUUAAAAAAACUGACGAGUUCAGAGCGGUUUUUUUUUACUCAUCGUUUCGUUUGUUCCACGCAGAAAAAAACUCCUGAACAUUUUUCCUUAAACCUGGAACAAAGACUCUGGACAAAGGGGGCGGAGCCAGGAAUCUCACAAUGUGACAGAAAGCGAUGAAAUAUUCCUGGCUCCGCCCCCUUUGUUCCAUCCUUCUACCAGUUUCCUUGAACGUGUUCCUCCACCCCGCGACAGACGCAGCUCAGACACUUUGAUCAACUAUGCAAAACUCCCUGUUGACUGAGUACGGGUCCCUGCGAGGGACAAACACUCCAGUCGACAGACGCACAAACUCAAGACGUUUAGCGUCGUACGUCUGCAGAGAGUCUGAGCUGAGCUCUGAGCUGCUGCGACUUCAGAGGAGAAACCAGCUGAAAGUAACUUUGUGUUCUGACGUUUGGCUCCCGUGUUUUUAUGCCUUUUUGUUAAAAUGAAAUAAACCAGAAAGGAAAUCA